CGCCAGGGCGGGGUUGGGGGGCAGCCUCAAGAAGACUCCGUGGGACUGGGGAGGGAUGCGCGCGGCGGGAGUGGGAGAGGGCGUCCAAGCAAACUGUGUGCUCCCAUUCUCGAGGGGAAUGCACUUCCCCAAAUUCCCUCUCUCCGUCGCCCUCCACCACCCCCCCCCCCGCCUUUUUUUUUAAGUCCCUAAGGAGAGAGGGCGGCGCAGCCUAGGAGCAAGGCAGGAGCUGUGUGGGACCCGCGCUGCAGCUUCUGCCGGGCUCCGAACUGGUGGGGGCCUCCAAGGCCGGGAGCGAGCAGCGGCAGAGCGGGUGGCCGCGAUCUUCCGGGCCACUCCUUCCUCCCUACCCCUUCCCCUCCCGCCCGCGACCUUCGACCUCCAUCCCGGACCCACGGGGGACUGGCCCCGGGAAAGGGAGGAGACGUGAAAGGGAUACCAUUGUCUACUCGUCCACGGGCCUCUCGGAGUUUUCCCAGGGUUUGCGGCGCUCACUCUCCUCCCCCGCCCCCACAGACUUGCUCUCCAGCGCCAACCCGGAUCUGCCUAGGUGCCCACGAUCCUUCCCGAUCGACUUGAGUGUCCUUCCUCCAGCUCCUGCUUUCCCAGCACCGAAAACAUAAAAGCCUGCCGGAAAUCACCCAGCCUUUGCCUGGUCAUUCAGGGGCCCACGGAUAAGCGUGGCUCUGAUUUUUCCAGGUCACCUACCACUGAAGCACCCUCGGCUUCUACAAAGAUGUGCUUUAAAGAGAAGAGAGUGGACGUCCAGUAUGUUAGUCUAAACGACCUUGGGCAAGUACGUCUCUUCCAAGGUACAAUCGGCCCUCCCAGAUGGUUUCUCAGGAGUCUCCCUAACCCUCAGGAGGGAGAGGACGGGCGCCAGAGCCUGGCUCCCGCUAGUUUUCCCGGGGGCAGGUGUAGCCCUGGGCGCGGGUUCGGGGGAGGGGCAAGGGGCGGGCGUGGGGUUGGACUGGGGCUUAGGACUCCGACCACGGGCUGGGCGUGGGCCUAACAACUCCGGACCGGCCCGCCCUCGCCGCUCCAUUGGCCACUUCUGCGCAGAAAAAGCCCCGCGGCCCAGGGGCGCCCGCAGUGUUAGUAGGCCGGCUGGGGUCUCUGGCUACGCAGUAUACCGCGACAGGCUAGAACACCGGCGGCGGCUUCGGGCCGGGAAACCCGCGCAGCCCUCGGGGCACCUCCGUGCCUCACUCCCCACCCCUCCCCCGGGUCGGGGAAGGCGGCGCGUCCGGCGGAGGAUUGCGGGGGAGCGGGUCAGGCCUGGAGCGCCAUGAGCAGCCCGGAUGCGGGAUACGCCAGUGACGACCAGAGCCAGACCCGGAGCGCGCUGCCCGCGGUGAUGGCGGGGCUGGGCCCCUGCCCCUGGGCCGAGUCGCUGAGCCCCAUCGGGGACAUGAAGGUGAAGGGCGAGGCGCCGGCGAGCAGCGGAGCUCCGGCCGGGUCCGCGGGCCGAGCUAAGGGCGAGUCCCGUAUCCGGCGGCCGAUGAACGCCUUCAUGGUGUGGGCUAAGGACGAGCGCAAGCGGCUGGCGCAGCAAAACCCCGACCUGCACAACGCCGAGCUGAGCAAGAUGCUGGGCAAGUCGUGGAAGGCGCUGACGCUGGCGGAGAAGCGGCCCUUCGUGGAGGAGGCCGAGCGGCUGCGCGUGCAGCACAUGCAGGACCACCCCAACUACAAGUACCGGCCGCGGCGGCGCAAGCAGGUGAAGCGUCUGAAGCGGGUGGAGGGCGGCUUCCUGCACGGCCUGGCCGAGCCGCAGGCGGCAGCGCUGGGCCCCGAGGGCGGCCGCGUGGCGAUGGACGGCUUGGGCCUCCCGUUCCCCGAGCAGGGCUUCCCUGCUGGCCCGCCGCUGCUGCCCCCUCACAUGGGCGGCCACUACCGCGACUGCCAGGGUCUGGGCGCGUCCCCGCUCGACGGCUACCCGUUGCCCACGCCCGACACGUCCCCGCUGGACGGCGUGGACCCGGACCCGGCCUUCUUCGCCGCCCCAAUGCCCGGGGACUGUCCGGCGGCCGGCGCCUACAGCUACGCGCAGGUCUCGGACUACGCGGGGCCCCUGGAGCCUCCCUCCGGCCCCAUGCACCCCCGACUCGGCCCGGAACCCGCGGGUCCCUCAAUGCCGGGCCUCCUGGCGCCCCCCAGCGCCCUACACAUGUACUACGGCGCGGUGGGCUCGCCCGGGGCGGGUGGGGGCCGCGGCUUCCAGAUGCAGCCGCAGCCGCAGCACCAGCACCAGCACCAGCACCACCCCCCGGGCCCCGGGCAGCCGUCGCCCCCUCCGGAGGCACUGCCCUGCCGGGACGGCACGGACCCCAGCCAGCCCGCCGAGCUCCUCGGGGAGGUGGACCGCACGGAAUUUGAACAGUAUCUGCACUUCGUGUGCAAGCCUGAGAUGGGCCUCUCCUACCAGGGGCAUGACUCUAGUGUGACUCUCCCCGACAGCCACGGGGCCAUUUCCUCCGUGGUGUCCGACGCCAGCUCCGCCGUGUAUUACUGCAACUAUCCUGAUGUGUGACAGGUCCCCGAUCCGCCCCAGCCUGCAGGCCAGAAGCAGUGUUACACACUUCCUGGAGAGCUAAGGAAGUCCUCAGCCUCAUGGGCUUUUUUGUUGUUUUUUAAAGGUGUCUUGGCGUAUAAUUUAUGGUAAUUUAUUAUGUCCGCCACUUUGGGGGGUGGAUGAGGUUUCAUUUAAAAUUUGUUCAGAGAUUUGUUUCCCAUAGUUGCAUUGUCAAAAGCCUAUUUCCAAGUUCAAGUUAACCAGCUUUGAAUGUGUCCCAAAACAGCUUCCUCCAUUUCCUGAAACUUUAUUGAUCAAAGAAAUGUCCCUAGUGUGUGUUUUUUUUUUCAGUCUUCUAAAAAAUAAGAUCUGGAAUCCUGCUUUUUUUGCUCUACAAGUACCUCUGUCACACUAGUCUUAUUUUAAAAACCAGGUUUUAAGAUCAAUGUUAAAUGUUACUAAUGUAAAUUUCUCAUCCUCUUAAAAAGGAUGAGCAUAAAUGCCUUCACGGAGUAUCUCUAAAAAUAAACAGAAGAAUAUCUAAGUUUGAUGUAAUUGUUUCGGGGAAGGAAAAAAGAAAAGCACCCUGGAAUGACCCUACUUCAUUUCAAGUAAUCUUAGUUUCUAAAACUAAUGGUUAAUAUUUUCAAUUCCAGAAUAUCAGUUAAAUGAGAAGGGGACGUCCAGGUAAUUUUGAUUUUCUAAUUGUUGAAUCAUAACCUUGACCUGCCUACAGAGGCUUUUCGGGUGUUGUUUUAUCUGUGUUCUGUCAUUUCUUUACACUCCUCAACGUUGAGUUUGCCUUUAAUCUUCGUUUUCACACCUUGGGAAGUGGUGUUGCUGGGUUUAAAAUAAAGGAGUCACAGAAACAAAUCAAAAUAAAAUUUGCAUUAAAACAA